AGACAGUCUUGAAAAAUUAAAAGGAAGAAAGUGUAUAUAUAAUAGAGAGAACCAUUCGUUUUUUUCUCUCAAGUACUUGACCAUCACAAAAUACCACACAUCAUCAAAAAAAAGAAAAAAAAAAAACUAAGCAAAAGUUCAAAAAAACUUAGCUCACCUUGUCACCUUAACAAAGGACCGAGGAAUUUUGCAGUACUACUUACAGAGGUUGGAGUGAAAGGUGGUGCAUCAGUUUUUAUGCGAGUCAAAUGGUGGGUAAAGACAACUUGAAGACUGAGGACUUGAACUUGUGCUUUGAGAAGCUUAUGAUGCUUGGAGGAAGUGGUUUUGGUAAAGGAGGAGGGAAAAUGGAAGGUGGGGUUAUCAAUGAGUGGAAGGAUAUUCCUAUGGAGCUCUUGUUGCAAAUUUUAUCUCUUGUGGAUGAUCAGACGGUGUUUGCGGCAUUUGGAGUGUGUCGUGGCUGGAGAGAUGCUAUUUUCCUGGGCCUUACCCAUCUGUCUCUCAUAUGGUGCAACAAGAACAUGAACAACUUGGUUCUAUCUCUUGUUCCAAAGUUCACGAAAUUGCAGUCUUUGACACUGCGCCAAGAGCAAAAACCACUGCUUGAGGAUAAUGCUGUUGAAACUAUUGCAAAUUGCUGUCAUGAUCUGCAGAUCCUGGACCUCAGCAAAAGCUUCAAGCUUAUUGACCGCUCACUAUAUGCCCUGGCUCAUGGUUGCCCUAACCUUACGAAACUCAACAUCAGUGGGUGUUCAGCAUUCAGUGACGAUGCUCUUGCAUUUCUAGUUAGGUUUUGCAGAAGGUUAAAAUCAUUAAAUCUUUGUGGAUGUGUCAGAGCUGCAUCUGACAGUGCAUUGCAGGCUAUUGGACUUUACUGCAGUCAGUUGCAGAUUUUAAAUCUUGGAUGGUGCGAGAAUGCAAGUGACGUGGGAGUGAUGAGCUUAGCACAUGGAUGCCCUGAUCUCAGAAGUGUUGAUUUGUGUGGCUGUGUCCUAAUAACAGACGAUAGUGUGAUUGCUCUUGCAAACAGUUGUCAUCAUCUGAGAUCCCUUGGCUUAUACUACUGUCAGAACAUUACAGACAGAGCAAUGUACUCAUUGGCCCACAGCCGAGUGAAUAACAAGACUACAAUGUGGGAACCCAUGAAAGGAAUGAAUGAUGAGGAAGGGCUUAGAACACUUAACAUCAGCCAGUGCACGGCACUCACUCCCCCCGCGGUUCAGGCAGUUUGCGAUUCAUUUCCGUCUCUUCACACUUGCUCAGGAAGGCACUCACUUAUCAUGAGUGGCUGUUUGAACUUGAUGUCUGUGCACUGUGCCUGUGCAGUCCAAGCACACCGCACAGCCACCACUUUUCUUCACCCAGCUCAUUGAACAAAGGUUUGAGAUAAGAAGUCUACGGGAGCUGUCAUGAAGGGCCCAAAGAAGAGUAUAUCCCCCUUGUAUGUAUGUAUGUAUGUAUUAAAUUUUAGAAAACUUUGGUUGCAAAUGUGCAGCCGUUUCUUGUUGAAACCUAGUGACAAUGAAAAAUGCUUUGAACUUUAUGUUUAGGCUUUUAUAUAUGUGAACUCUGCAGCGUAUGGACUUUGGGAAGUUAAGUUUGUUGUUGAAACUUAAAAGUUCUGUUGGUUA